UUGAUUAGUCUCUAAAUUUUCUAUUUCAAAACUGUUGUCGCUCUUUAUGUUCCUGUGACUAGGAAGAACUAGGAAGAUCCCCAACAUGAACAUUGCAAAAAAGUUGUUUUCCUUUCGUCUGUUUUGGAUUUUUUUGGGGUUUCCUGCAGCAAAAUCUUUAUUGGUCAAUCGCUUUGGUGAAAUUUGAUUUGAUUCAUGUGGUUUGAAGGGAUCCAUUAAGAGCUAAGUUCCGUGAUCUUGUAUUGAAGACAAUGCGACAAAACUUCCGGGCACUUGUUUCAAAGCUGAUACUGUUCAAAGAAGUAUGACUAUUGGUCGUCCGAAGUAAAUGGUUGAUCAUGUCUGUCGAUGUCUGUUUAAGAAAUUUUCCUUUCAUUCAUCCUUUUGGUUUUGGUGUUAGCUGUGGUACUUUUUUACUCGAGGGUUAGAUUCACAAUGCAAUUGAAGAAAACGGGGAGUUAUAAGGCAAUAUAUAAAACAAGGUAUAGAGAGAGAUUCAUCUGAUGCAACUGUUGGUGGUUGUCAAAGUUAACUUGCUUUCUGAUUUUCAGGUUGAAAAGUGAAGGUGUGGGAUGACUUUUCGUUAGUUUCUUGCACAAUGUUCGUCUCUUUCUGUGUUGAUUCUAAAAUGUAAUUGAACAACCGCAACAGAACAUCAUCUCCUUUUUCCCUCUAGCUUGGUGAGUAGCUACCAUGGGAGCUUUAAUGAGAAAAAGGAAAAGGGAAGCUCCAAUAGACAAAAGCACGACUGCUAGUAAAACAGCAAGCAACACAACCAGGAAGUAGUGCUAAGGCCUAAUCACCUAAAUGGACUGACGUUAAUAGAGAUGUUUGAUCAGAAAAGAGGAGGACGUCCAACAACAAUUACCUGCCGUCCAUAAACAGUGAGCGUCUUGGGAGACACAUGAAUAGAGAAAGCUAUUGACCUAACUUGGAGGUUUAUUUCUAAUUCCAUAUGGCUUAUUUGAAUGUUAAUGAGAAAGAUCAGGGUAUAUUCUUAACUUGAGCUUUUGGUUUGAGAGGAUAGGGAUAUCUUGGUUAGGCUGUUGAUGUCUCCCCUCAUCCGGCUCUUUGAAGGGGAAUAACUCACUGCUUUACCUAGCAUCCGCCCUUUUCCACAUUAUGGAGAGUUUGCAGUUCUAGUUAAAGUCAUUAACCGUUUGAUGUAUGGGAUCUGUAUUGUGACAGAGUAAGAAAGAUUGCUCUUUACCCUUAUUUUUACGUAAAGGGUCUAGUGGGGAGCUUUUGCCAUUUGCAGGUGACCCUAAUUCCAGCUUUUUCCUGUUUUUUUUUUCCUUGAGUAUAUCUGUGCAUCCUUGUAUCACUCCCCAUUUUCAUCAUAAGAUGAUUGUGAAGCAUGAUGAGAAGCUGAAACUGAAAGUAUUGGUUAGACUAUAUUGGUCUUGGUUCUUCCUUGUAUAAAGUCAUCCAAGGAUUGUCUGACAGGAUAGUCAAACCAAGAGAAAACCAGGAGACUAAUAACUCUUUGAUUGAAGAAUUUCAGAGUUGAACUUUUUUCCUUUCAUGGAGUCAAUGCAGCUUGUGGCUUGGUCUAGUCAGAAUUUCCCUUUUGACUUCAUUUAUCUGAUUAUCGGGAGCAGGUUUACUAUUUCAAUCCCAACAAGGAAAAUUCCUUCCUUUUGCAAAUAAAUGCUUCAGUCCUAUGUUAAGGUCCAUACCGUCGCUUCUGACUGAAUAGUAGCAGUAUGAAAACAAUCAGUAGAUAAGGUUAUAUGAGGUUAAAACGAGAUAUUUCAAAUUCAUUCUUUUGUGAAAGCAAUGGAAUCACAAAUGGCAAAUUAUCUCUAGAAUCAAUGUGUGAACAAGAUUUGCUUCUGCGGGCUGUAUAUGCCUCCAAAUUCUCGGCCCACAGCAGAUUCUUUGUAAUUCAAAUUCACUCGACUAUCUGAGAUGAAUGAACUGAUGUGCCUCCUAUUGUUCUAUGAAGGGUAAUGCAUAAUGUGAAAAAGCUAUAUCUCUAUAGGUAGGAUUUAUUGAUGCAUUGGAUUUAUGGUCUGAUCAUUUCAAAAGUUGGUUAUGUUGCUCGAAAUUUUCAUUGUGUCAAUUUUAUAAUUUUAUGAAAUUUAAAUAUUUCUAUGACUUAUUAUGAUUUUCUUUAGAAAAAACAACGUGUUGCUGUAAUAUUCAACAAGUUGUUGGGAUUUUACCUAAUCUAUAAGAUGUUUAAGUUUUGAGGCAUGUAAUGCUACACGUAGGUGCAGCUGGAAGUGCUGGUGUGGCUUUUUUUGAAAAAAAGAGAGAGAUGAAGAUGUGGUAUUUUUUUAAUUAAAAAAACAAAAUAAAAAAUAAAACAUAUACAAAUACGUAAAUUAUAGAAGAUUUAUGAGAAUUAGUUGAUGAAUCUGUGUUUUUGUGAUUUUUGAUUACAUUGAACUUGACUCAAGGUUGAAUAGGAUGCACAAAGUAUGUUUUACUGCAACUUGCUCGUGAUUCAAUUUUAGCAAACUGGAGCAGCAACUAACCUGCACUAGCUCCUGGUGCAUUUUCCAAGUGUCUUAUGUUGCAUUCAUCUUUGAACCUGUCAUGUUCAUCGGCAUUAUUAUACUAGUUACAUUACUAUGGCUAUCAUUAUUCUUAGUCUAUGUCACAUAGGUAUAGGUACGGGUACGGGUGCUGGUGCGGGUACCGGUGCGGGUAGGGGUACUGACCAUUUUCAAAAAACUUGGGUGCGGGGGUACGGCCGUAUAUAUAUAUAUAUAUAUAUAUAUAUAUAAACAAUAAGAAAUACUUAGAAAAUAUGUAUCAAAAUAAAGAAAAUACAUCAAUAUAAACAAAUAAAUAACAUAGAAAAUAUACAUCAACGACUCUUGUAGCAGUGUAUUUAAUAAACCUAUGAAAGACUUUAAACAUAUGGACAACCAAGCAGCCCCCUAGUCAAAUAUGAAUAUCAAUCGAAUUUUCACAUCCAAAGAAUAAAAUAAAAAGUAACGUGAAAAAAAUUAAAUCAAAGUAAAAUUAAGCAGUUUGAAUCUAUAGGUACCUAAGUGUCAAAGUACCCAUUUUGGGUACGGGUACGGCGACACGGGUACGUGGACCUUACUGAAGUACCCAUGUGACUUAGUUCUUUGUUUGAUUGUUCUUUGGAUUAUCCCCUAAAGCCUUGUGUCUGCUUAUUGAGGAACUCUUUGGAGAGCAAUUUGUAGGGGCCUCUCUCUUUUUCACUCUCUCUCUUUCUUAUGUGGGUUGGGACAUGGUAUCUUGUUGUCUGUUAUGGAUUUAGAAUAGAAUUUAUGUGCUGUUUGAUUGUUGUCCUGCAUUACUUAGCAGCAGCUAGGCGAUAAUUAUGCUUCACUAUUAUCAUGGCAUUAUUAGCAAUGUCGGAUCAUCAAAUAACAUUGGACAGGAUCACCUAUCUCAAGUCACUUGAUUAAAAAACAGGUGUAUUCAUUCUAAACUGGUAUCUGUUGAGGGCAUGGUGAAGGAGCCAUUAGUUGCUGUGGUUGAGGGAGAUGUAAAAGAAAGCUUAGGACUUUGUUUUAUGCCACUUCUGUCACUGAUUUUGCUGUAAGCCGUGACACAUUUUUUCUUAUGCAAAGAUGUAUCUUAACCCAAAUUGGUGAAAUGGUUAGAACCAUUGUCACAAGUAUCAUCAUUUUUUAAAAAAUUGUAAAGAAUGGGAAAAUUAAAGAAAAACAGUGAAAGGGCCAGGGUAAGUCACAAUAUUUUGAAAAAAAAAAUAGUGAAACAAAAGUGUCAUGCUUCUAUCACAUUUUCCUUUUGGUUAUAUUCAUUGUCAGAAGUUUUUGUAAAUAUUUCAUUUUUAAGUUGCUUUCGUAUUUUAAUAAUUAUUUGAGUUUUGGUCAAUAUUUUUGUAAGAGAAUUGAUAAAAAAAACUCUAUUUUAUCAUAAAAUUUUCUAUAAUGUUUGUUUUUUAAUUUUUUGAAUUGUUGGGAUUUUCCUGGGAAAAACAAACUUUCCAAUCAAUACCUAAGAAAAACUCAUAGUUUCAUAGAUAAGAAACCUGAGGACAAUAACUACAGCAAUGGCUAGAACUCCUCCUAAGAAAUUUUUUAUGAUUAAUUCAUCUUUCAUUUUGAUUGGCAAGCUUAGCUGUGGCACACAGCUUCAAGAUUAUGCAAACGGACAUGCUGCACUUGUUAAAUCAUGACCUCCUUUAAUUUGAAGGUCUGAACUCGUUUCUGUCUUUUACCAAUAACUCAGCCAGCCUUCAAUGUUGAAGAUUGUUAACUGCUUUACGUUGAGACCGAUCUAUCAAUGGCGAACUUCUUAGAAAGCCUAAGGGGAUAUUUGUGUUGUUGUCCUGGGAUAUCCAGGAAUGGGAUAUCUUAUUCUGGCAUUCCCAAGGGCUGAAUGCAUAAUGGGGGCUAGGAUGCCCUGCAUUUGCAUCAUUCACAACAGAUGCUCUAUGCAUGGCAUGGAUCUCUUCCUUGUUGUUCUGCCAAAUUGAUGAAAUUGUAAAGAGCAGGGCUUCCUUGGUCCAUUGUAAACCAGCAGAAUGGUCCACAAGAUCCCAUCUGCAUUCCAGCACACCUUUGCAAAGUUCCUCUGAAGUUCUACAGUUGGUCCGAGUCCGAUCCUUAUAUAUUUUUUUCAAAUAAUUUUAAAAAGGUGGCUGAACUUUUUGAUUUUAUUAACAAAUGCACUUGUAACUUUUGAAAUAUAACAUUUUACCACCAAGACUCGAAAAGUUAAUUUACACAUAACAGAUUCACUCAUAGUGUUUGGAAAAUGUUAAGAGGUUAGCAAAAUGACAUGAAUAUCCGCUCCUUCUCCAUUUUUACUGACUAGCUAGUAUGAAACCCUCUUCCUAUGGUGAACUGUCGUUGUUUCAGUUGUCGGAUCGGAUUUCAAUCUAAUCUCCUGUGGUAGCAUCUCUCUCUCUCUCUCUCUCUCUCUCUCUCUGUGUGUGUGUGUGUGUGUGUGUGUGUGUGUGUGUGUGUGUGUGGGCAAGAAGUAAAAUGUGCUUUGCCAUUGCAAAGAACAUUCUUUUACUUAUCUGACCAGGAGGAGUUCGGUUAUGAGGGCAAACAUUGAGGAAUGUUGCAAGUGUUUUUCUCUUGCUAUUUCAUUGGUUGAUAGUUUGAUAUAUUUCUUUUUCUUUCUUAUGGGUAUCUUUUAUGUUUCGGCAAUGUAGUUUUAUUUUCUUCUUAGGAUCUUCUUAUAAGCCAAUUUUGUGAUUCACCAUUCAAGGAUUUCAUCUUUUGCGGAUUUCUUGCAUAAAGGAAAACGAUUUUUUUGUUUGAUAAGUUCUUCUGCUGCAAAAGCAUGUGUUACAUACUAAAAAUUCUUGUUUAACAGAAUACCCAAAGAGUUCUUCCACAGUGAAACUCUUAGCUUCAAGCUCUGCUUCGAAAAAAUUCAUCAUCAUUUCCAUAUGAUUCAAAAUGCUUUUCUGUGAUUGGAAUAAAGAUACUCCAUUCCUGUCAUUUAUGAAAUGCAGAAGCAGCUCACAUGUGUGUGGACAUUCUUCCUGCUUUAGAAUGUGGCCACAAUGGAGCACAGAAAAUCCACAUGUUCUUUGUCUUGUUCAUUGCUUGGUGCAUGUUCUUUGCUCUAUCCUAUUUGUUUCCUUAGGGUUAUUAGCUUGUGCAGUCUAGAGUAAUAAGCUUGCCAGUAGAUGGAACCCCUAUCCGCUGUGGUGAUGGAUAUUGAGGACAGAGUAACUCCUAACAUCUUGCUUAUUUUGCAAGACCUUGAGGGUGAUUUUGUCAUUUUAUCCAGCUAAACUAUGUCUAACUGCAGUUAAAUGAACAAUCGUAAGAUAAGCUCUUAUUUAUGAAUUAUCUACAAUUGUUAGGGGGUUGAACAUGAUAUUUCAAAGGUUAGGCAUGAAUUCGUUGAUAGAGCAAACGUCAAGCACUGUUUUGUGGCUUUGGGGGUAAACAGGAAGAAGCAUAUAAGAAAUGACAUCUGAACGAGACAUUUUCAGCCUUUCAGGUCCUGCAUAUCUAACCCACAUCAAUUGGGAUGACCAUCAUCAUCGUAGAUCUGUUGCUGCUUGUCUGGUUCAGGGUGUUUAUGUACUUGAACGUGACCGCCAGCUGAACCGUAUGGACACCGAUGCACUUGCAGCUCCUUGGUGGGAAUCUUUUGGUUUCAAGUUAGUCCAACUUCUCCUUGAUGAUACAGAUUUCUCCAUCUUUGGAGCCAUAUAUGAGCUUAGACACUCGUCUUUCAGCCAAGGCUUGCCAUCUCAGACAGUUCCGAAUGCAGUUAUUGCUUUCCGGGGAACAAUAACAAAGUCAGAUUCUUUGUCGCGUGACUUGGAACUAGACCUUCAUGUGAUUCGUCAUGGCCUUCAUCAAACUUCUCGUUUUCAAACUGCAGUGGAGGCUGUAAGAAAAUUUGCUCCUGUAUAUGCAAAUAAUAUUUGGUUAUGUGGUCAUUCUCUUGGGUCAGCCAUUGCCAUGCUUGCAGGGAAAGGCAUUGCAGAGCAGGGCGUUCUUCUUGAAACAUUCUUAUUUAAUCCUCCCUAUGUUUCAGCACCCAUUGAAAGGAUUAAAGAUCGUAAAUUAAGGACUGGCCUCCGGAUAGCCAACAGUUUCAUCACUGCUGGCCUUGCUUUUGCUGUGAAGGGAAUCAGUCAUGUUUCAACAUCGAAUGAAUUGUUUUGUGCUCUUUCAUCAUGGACUCCAUGCUUAUUUAUAAAUCGAGCUGACCAUAUAUGCUCAGAAUAUAUUGGGUAUUUCGAGCAUCGUAAGCAUAUGGAUGCCAUUGGUGCUGGCAAAAUUGGACGGCUUGCAACUCAGCACUCGAUUGGAGGCCUGUUCUUGAAUGCAGUUGGUUUGGAAAGCCAACCGUUUCACCUGAUUCCUUCAGCAAAUAUGUGUAUAAACUUGGGUUCAGCAGCCGAUUUUAUGCAAGCUCAUGGUAUUCAUCAGUGGUGGAGCUCAGAUUUGCAGCUGCAGUUCAACCAAUAUCGCUUUAGCUGAUAAUCUUUUCUGUAAAGAUUCUUCAAUCUGUGAACUCAUGAAGAGUUUGAAUAUUUAGUUGGCAUUUCAUAAAUAAAAUGACAAGGGUUGUUCUUUUUAA